AUGGUGGCAGGGACGGAGCUGGCCCGGGCUCCUGCCAACAGCAGCACCAAGAUGCCCUCAGGGCUGGGUGGGGACUGGCCCUGGUCUCGGAAGUCCAGACUCCUGCAUGGCGGGGGAGAGUCUGCCAUGGACGGCUGCUCAGCCUGCGGUGCUUGUUACAGCACACCAGGGAAACCUACCAGGGAAAGGAAGUCGGUGACUCGCCCCCAAGGAACCUGCCGUCAUCCCAGACCAAGAGACACUGCAAGCAGGGCUGGGACAGGACAGAUGACCCGCAGUUUGGGGGUGACUGAUGCGAUCGCCUGGAUGCGGGCUAAGCUGACUAGAGGUGGAAAGAACAAAAUGACUUGGAGGAAACAGUGCCGUUAG